AUGGAAAAUGAUGAAAAUCGAAAUGGAUCAAUUAAAGGUGACGGCAGGCCUAAUAGAAAAAAACAAAAGGAUCAGGGUCAACAGUCGGAUCCCAAGAAGCCAGCUAUUCACAAUGAGCCGGAGAAAGUGGACAUAGGGAUUCAGGCUGGUGAUUCGCUUGAAAAGUUUAAAGUGCAAUAUAUUGAGCCGAGCGAUGAUAAUAGUUCUUUUUAUUUGGAAAAGAGAGAAAGAUCGGAAAGCUCAUUACCACGACGAGCAUGGGAGACGGACGACUAUAUGGAUUUCGAUGAUCUACUGCCGUUGAUCGGCCAGUUUGGUGUGUUUCAGAUUAUGAUGUUCCUAUUCAUGAUUCCCUUCUGCUUCAUCACGGCCUUUGUGUAUCUGGGACAGAUAUUCAUGUGCCUGACUCCUCCUAAUUAUUACUGUUUUGUACCGGAACUUUCAACCACAGGGAGUACAGAGCUGCGUAAGCAGUUGUCCAUUCCAAAAGAGAAGGAUGGAUCUUGGAGUCGCUGCAGAAUGUACGACACCAAUUACACUAAGAUUCACUUUGCAUAUGACCAGAGUUCUUAUAUCAACACAUCCUUGCCAACGGUUCCUUGCCAGAAGGGAUAUGUCUUCGAACAGGAAACCAAUCCCUUUGAAUCGGCCACCAUGGAGUUUGGUUGGUUGUGCGAGGAUGACAAGUACGCCACCUAUGCUCAGGUCAUCUUUUUUUUGGGCUCAAUUCUGGGAGGUAUGGGCUAUGGCCACUUUGCGGAUCACUGCGGUCGGGUGGCAGCACUGGUCAGCAGCUGCUUCCUUGCCUUGCUCGGCAGUCUGGCCACCUCAAUGUCAUCAAACUUUUUCACUUUUGCAAUAUCGAGAUUCAUUGUUGGAGCCUCCUAUGACACCUGCUUUACAAUGGUAUAUAUCUUGGUUCUUGAGUAUGUUGGUCCCAAGUACCGCACUCUGGUGGCCAACUUAUCCCUGGCAAUGUUCUAUUCCCCCUUCACCAUGCUGAUGCCGUGGAUAGCUCUUGCGUCGGGAAACUGGCGGAGAUUUUCCUCAUAUGCAGCCUUACCCAUUGGACUAGCUCUAUUUUCCUUCUGUUUGCUGCCCGAGUCUGCACGCUGGUUGGUGUCUGUGGGUAACAUCGAAAAGGCAAUGGAGAUAUUAAAGAAAGUGAUUCGGGUAAAUAAGAAGAAAGUUUCUCAGGAAAUAAUAGAUCUUUUUGAAAAGAGUUGCAAUCAGUUCUACAAAGAGGAGCUUUACGGUCGUGAUUUUACCGUGUUUUCAAUAUUUAAACGGAAGCGCAUGGCCCGUUAUAUGAUCCUGCUGAUUCUCAUCUGGAUGUCGAUAUCUUUGGUGUAUGAUGGACAUGUGCGGGCGGCCAGUGUCCUGGACACGGGCAAUAUCUUUAUAUUCUUCACCAUAGCUUGUGCAACAGAGCUGCCGGGUAAUAUCCUGGUUAUCCUCACUCUGGAUCGUUGUGGACGUCGCUGGUGCUCCUUUGCUUACACUUCGUUGAGUGGAAUCUUUAGUCUAAUUGGUGCUGGCCUCAAGAGUCCGUCAUCUAUGAGGAUGUCAGCGCUAGCUGGAAGAUUCUUUGCCAAUAUCUGUUACAAUAUUGGCCUGCAGUGGGCCGCUGAGAUACUGCCCACAGUGGUAAGGGCUCAAGGGGUGGCGUUCAUACACACGAUGGGCUUUGUGGCGAUGCUGAUGUCACCACCAGUGGUGUAUCUUUCCCAAGUCUCCUUUUCCCUCAUGCUAGUUGUUCUGGGAUGCCUUGGACUCUUGGGUGGACUGCUGGCCCUCUUCUUACCGGAAACCCUAAAUCACGAUCUUCCGCAAACUCUCGAUGAUGGAGCUGAGUUCGGAAGAAAUCAGAGGAUGUGGCAUAUGCCCUGCUGCGGUCCAGGAUCAAGAAAAUCCCAUCCCAGGCACGAGUGGCAUCAGGGCUCCAGCUUAAGGACCUUAUCGAAGGAGGAGUUUCGCUCUAGCAGAAUGUUUCGGAAAACGAAAAAUAAGCCCCGGAACGAAAGUCCAUCAUCGAGUAAAAAUAUUAGCAACGACGAAAGAGAAAUACAAACUUAUAAAUAUGGAAGCGGAUGA